CUGUGCGCUCUUAUUAUUGUAAGAGUAAUUUCUUUUUUACGAAAAUGGCGUCUAGUCAGGGAGGUGUGGGAGCUGUCACGGCUCUACAAAGCCAUCACUACUCUAGCGGACCUCACUGGAGCCCGGGAAUCAGCCAGUACCAGCACCAGCAGCAGCACCACACGGCCAGAAGCCUGGACCGGGCUCUGGAGGAUGCCGUGUGCUCGGGGAUACUGAACCUGAGCGGUAGGAAGCUGAGGGAGUACCCAGGGAUGAGCUACGAUCUGACCGAUACAACACAAGCAGAUUUGUCGAAGAAUCGCCUCACAGAAAUCCCCCCAGAAGUAUGUCUAUUCGCACCCCUUGAGUCGCUCAACCUCUAUCACAACUGCAUCAAGUGCAUCCCUGAAGCCAUUAUCAAUCUGCAGAUGCUGACUUAUCUUGACAUCAGCCGAAAUCUCCUGUCAGUUUUGCCAAAAUACUUGUUCAGCCUCCCCCUCAAAGUCCUGCUUGUGAGCAACAACAAGCUUGUGUCCAUCCCUGAGGAGAUUGGCAAGGCCAAAGAGUUGAUGGAAUUGGACGUGAGCUGUAAUGAGAUCCAGGUGCUGCCAGCUCAGGUGGGGAGGCUUCAAGCCUUACGAGAACUCAACAUCAGGAAGAAUUGUCUUCACAUGCUGCCUGAGGAGUUAGCUGACCUGCCUCUCAUCCGACUUGACUUUUCCUGCAAUAAGAUCACAGAGAUUCCUGCAGCCUACAGGAAACUCAGGCAGCUGCAGCACAUCAUUCUAGACAACAAUCCUAUGCAGUCUCCACCCGCACAGAUUUGUCUCAAGGGCAAAGUUCACAUCUUCAAGUACCUGAACAUCCAGGCGUGUAGGAUGGACAAGAAGCCGGACACCCUGGACCUCCCGUCCCUUGGAAAACGUUGCAUCCCACAGCCGCUUACAGAUAGCAUGGAAGAUUUUUAUCCCAAUAAGAAUCACGGGCCUGACUCUGGAAUUGGUAGUGACAAUGGUGACAAGAGGCUGUCUACAACUGAGCCUUCAGACGAUGACACAGUCAGCCUGCACUCUCAGGUUUCAGAGACAGCCCGUGCUGAUGCUCUCUUGCUCCUCUCCAAAAUGGACUCUUGCAAAGAUCAGGAUCUCUAUGACUUUAUAGAGCCCAACCCGGACGAGGAUCCUGCUCUGUCAGAGUGUGAUGGGCAGCAGAGCUGUCAUGUGUCUUGUAUAAAGGAACUGGAGAAAGUUCUUAACAUGUCUUACCAAAGCAAAGAUAAAGACAGCUGGAAAGAGGAGUCUGGGUCUGAUAAGGAGCAGCUAGUUGAGGAAGAGGAUGAUGAGCUGAAGGAAGUGCUGGAUCUAAGGAAGAUUGCUGUUCAGCUUUUGCAGCAGGAGCAGCAGAAUAGACGGCGGUCCUUAAUUUGCAGAGCAGAGAGUCUUAUUCAUCGACGGAGAGUGACUGGCCGGGCACACAGAUUCCUAAGUCACUCUGGAAGCUCCAGCAGCAAACCGAGGCCCCCUCCACAGACCGCUCGUAGUGCCUCUCUGGAUGAAGGAAGUAGUGGAGCAUCAGUGCUGAGCGGACAGCCUUCCUCUUCCUGCUCAUUUGAUGGCAGCCUGAAGGCAGAUCAGUCAGAUUCAGAGCCAAAGUGGCCUGAAGUCCCACCUGUCCUUAAUCAGAAUGAAGAUCGCAGGAGAAACAAGUACCUGAGAAAAGAUUAUCUGAAGUACAAGUGUCAGAGUGCUCGGAAAAAUCCCAGUGGGAAUGACGACUGUGAGGAGGGCUUGCGCAGCACUGACUUCAGCACCACUCUGACAGUGUUUGGACUAAAGCCAAGAUCAGCGUUCACCAGAGGAAGUCGUCAGGAGUACAUGUCAACAGACCCCAGUUUCACUAUGAGGAGGAAGAUGGAGCACUUGAGAGAGGAAAUGGAACAGAUAGGACUCUUACGGCAGAAUAUUGAGUCCAGACUGAAGGUGUUGUUGCCAGAAGAUGUUGGAGCUGCUCUGAUGGACGGGGUUGUCCUUUGCCAUUUAGCCAAUCACAUUUGUCCUCGCUCUGUUGCCAGCAUCCAUGUACCGUCCCCUGCAGUGCCAAAGCUUAGCAUGGCUAAAUGCCGUAGGAAUGUGGAGAACUUCUUGGAUGCCUGUAAGAAGAUGGGUGUCCCUCAGGACAAGCUGUGUCUGCCCCAUCACAUCCUAGAAGAGCGCGGUCUGGUGAAGGUGGGUGUGACUGUCCAGGCUCUGCUGGAUCUGCCUCCACUGAAGCCAACACAACUGUCAGCUAUUUGACACAAGCCUGAAUGCUGCGUCCAACCUACAGUCAUCCAGCCAAACCCCCUCCCCAGCCCAAACCCACACCCAAUCGCCAGGGACCAGAGAGCCCCUCGGGGCGAGGACCCAGUGGGCAGUGGGUCUUUGGCAGUCUGCUUCUGCCUGACUGAAACAGGAGAUAGGAGGGAGAAGUCUAACCUCUGUCUCUUUAUAUGAUGUCAGCCGCCACCCACUUCUCGUCCAUCACAUUUUCACUUGUAUCCUGAUCCUAGUUCCUGGGGUCAUCCUGUAUGUGUGCAGGCUAACAAUGUGACGGUGUGUUUCCCAUGUGAGCUGCACAGUUUGGACUUGCCAAGGAGAGACAGACAAGACAAUGGGUCUAUAGAAAGACUUGUACAUCCCUCUCAACAUGCUUAGUGAUUAUUGGGUAUGCAAGUGCCAGUACUGGCAACAUAUCCAUGCUGGUAUUGGAGACAUUUGCGGUGAGGAGAUGAUAGACAUAUAACUUUACUCUUUCACCGAGGAGAACUAAGCUGCACACUGGCCUCGCAGCCACAAAACACUGACUAACCUCACGGGGUUCUUGAACUCAUGAGUUUCUCUUUUGUGGAAUUUAGUUUUUCCAUGUUGUUUUUUUUUUUACUUAGGUCCCUAUUAUAGCUUCUUCAACAGUCAAACCUGAUUCAUAAAUAGUGUUCACUUAUUUGACAAGCGUUGCAUUUGAACCAUCACAUCCCCACUGCUUUUUGAGGGAGAAUGCAAGGCUCUGUUUUCAUCUCAAACUCUAGUGUGGUUUUCACAUAUAUAAACUUCUGUGUAAAUCAUGUGCAACUCCGUACAAGUUAUUUCUCAAUACAAACCUUCAUGCACCAGGGGAAACCACUGUGAGAACAUGUGCGUGGCUGUGGCCAUAAGCACGACGGUCCUUUUUAGUAGCAUUUUUUUUCAUUGUACAUUCAAAGGUUUCUGUUUUUGAAAAAUAUGCUUUUAUACUUUCUUUCAAGUCAUUGCCAAUUAUAACUUGCCAUUUUUGUGGAGCUCACAGCAUGUGUUUGCCAUAUUAGACGCAAAGCAGUUAGGAUUUUACUGCUUUGCAUAACCUCAGAUGAAACAUGUUUAUACUUUAUGUGUUUGUGAGUGGGGGGGUUCUGAGUGAAGCGCCUCUGAAUCAGAAAGGGGUUCAGUGCUGCUUAGUGGUGCUAUGUCACCCUAGCAAACCUUCCACACAUGGCACGAAUAUCUUAUCCUACUGCCAGGCCCUGCUAUAUAUGCUUUCCGAUAAAAUGCAUUAUUUCAGGGAAAUUCAAUUUUUUAUGUAUUUAUUCAUUUGUUUUAUAUUUAAAUGUUGUUGCUUUGUGCAUCUUAGCCCUGACUACUUGUUCAGGUGUGGUACAACUUGAUCCUGGUCUGAAAGCAGCUGUUUUAGACGGAUUAGUAUCAGCAGUCUCACUUGCUUUCAUUUGAAAUUGGUUGACACUGGUAAAUAUUUUCAGACCAUUUGUCACUAGAGAUGACAACAGUGUUGACAGCAUGAAAGGGAUUAUUCUGUGGCAAACAUUACGCAAGAGUUGAUCACAUUCACAAAGGCCUACUUUAGAGUGUAUUUUUGAAAAUUCAAGUUAUGUGACAGUUAAAACAGAAUUGUUAUCUCCUCAUAAAGAUGCACUGUGUUUAAUUUAACCAUGGGUUAAAUCUGCAUUUAAGGAUUAUUAGUCCUACGGGCAAAAUCAAACUUAUUGUCAGCUGGUUGGCAUGUUAGUUCAGGCAGCUGCGGUGCACCAUUUUUUUAAAAGUAGGUCUCCAACAUGUGAAAAAACAAAAAUGAUAGCGGAAGAUGAAGAGAGGCACAUUAUGAGUUAAUUAUAUCAGAAGUUAAUUUAAACACACUACUCAAAUGUGUAGGAUAGAAAUGUUCGUCAAAUGAAACAGAGGAAUUUCAUGCAACAUUUUUCAGAUAAAGAGUACAUCAGAGUACUCAGAGUAGACCUAUACUGUUUUUGAAAAUGCACCUGAAGACUUCAUAGCCUGCAUGGACCUCUAUUAUAGUGACAUGUUCAUAUGGCAUCAAUUAAAUGACCUCUGCCAGUGGCAAAAGCUCUGCUAGUUCAGCUUUGGCUGCCUGUAGCUGACACAAAAUGUUGAUGUCUAGUGAAGACAUACCUAAUUAUGAUGCAAAAUUACUACACUGCUAAAUGCUACUGAUACACCAACAUUAGUGUAUUGUUUGUGUAGCUGAAACACCUUGAAAUACAACAGUAGGCUACUGUCUCCCCCUCUGGCAGUGAGAGUAAACACACAAACACUGUUAAUGUGCGCUCAUGACGUAUGCCUGCAGGUGAGCUCCCCCCAGGCUUGACUUCAGAGUUCAGUUCAUAGUUACAAAAAUUACAAGACAGUGAUCCAUUAUUUAGAUAGAGUAAAUGUAAUAGCUACAUAGUUUACUCAAAAUAUUUGACAAAUACAAACCUGUCCAAGACAGUAAUGUGGCAUCAGCACCCUUUCUUCCCUCAACGCUCUCCAGUGAGGAAAAGCCACACCAAUGGUUAUCCAUGUUUGUCCUUGCUGUUGAUUGCUUUGGUUCCAAAUGCAUCAUUACCGCUGCGACAGCAUGGGAACAUCACAGACACUAGACUUAAAAACUCUGGUAUACUGUAAAUACAUAGAGAGUUGCAUGGCGGUGAUAGGCUUAAUCAGCACCGUUUGAACUUGUUUGGCGAGGGCUUCAAUGUAAAGGACGAUCAUUUAUAUGUAAAAGUCCCGCACUCCAGCUUUAAACACCUUGAAAGUCCACAAAUAUCAUCAUGUUAAACAGCACUGUAACAUCUAAAAACAUGACAUAUUGUGCCUUAAAGGAAGGGUAUUGCACUUUUAUGUAAUUACACUAUUAAGUUUAUAAAGUCCUGUUUUUUUUAAAUCCACAAGUUUUUAACAAUUAAUUUCCCUGUUCUUCUGUUUUUCAGAGGAUGUUUUAGAUUUUGUGUUACAUAAGCAGCUUUUUUGCUGAUGAGCUACAGCUCUGAAUGGAUGCAGUACUGAGGGAGCAUUAAGUUUGAGCUUGAUGAUCAAUGUUAAACAACUCUAUGGUUUACAGUACAUAGACUUGAGGUUUAGUUCACUGAGUCUGGUAUGACUAGUAAGAAUCAGCUUUUACGUGUUAUUUCUUUGUGUGUCAUUGUACAUGUCACGUGUGUGUCACAUAGAUGUGGAUAUUAAAUAUUCUUCCUCAGAAGCUCAGAUUUCUCUGUAUGGAAAUAGAGAACGGAUGACUGACUUUGUGCCAUCAUUUUCCAAAGAAGAGAUACCACAGAGAUACAAAAUAAUACAGGUCUUCCAGGUUAUCAGGCCUCCAGUGUAAAAUAUGGUCACAUCCUCUCAGAAUCUCAUAUGCCCGUUCCUAAUGCGGGAAAUUCCUAUGAACUGUUAUGAUGACCUGCCCAUUACACUCUUUUCUGCUGCUGCAGACAGGACAUCUUUUAUGCUCCGCAUGUAUUCAUCAAACAUGCAGCUUUUUAAAGGAUAUACAUAUCUAGAGUAAAAAAAGUCAGUUAAAGUGUACAACAGUGGGCUGCAUCUACUGAACACAUUGACUGCAUUUAUUACCAUGUGAAAUGUUUUAUGAAACACAAGCAGAUGUCAAAUCUGGAAAUAAACUCAAAAUUGUAGCACACAGUGCAUUGUUAGCAUUGCAGAAGCUGGCUGGCUAUACCCGAACAAGUCACACAGCAAAGGCAUUAUCAUAGAAGGUAGCAUUGUAACUUCUCAUGAUCUUCGCCUGUCUAUAGUUACAGGUUUAGAGACAAUGAAGAAAUUUCACUCAUGUGUAACCUACCUCAGGUUUGCUGUGUCAAAUGUUGGGGUUUAGAUUCUUUUCUGAUCAAAAGUUGAAAUUGGUUUCUGAUGCUUACAAAGUAUCAAGAGUGUCUACGUGUGUAUGCACUGUUGUAUCAUACUGCACAUUGUCUUGAGUUUUCUAAAUGACUCACAGUUUAACCACUUUGGGACAAAGUUUGAAAUGUGAUCCAUUUUCAUGUUACUAGCACUAAAUUAAUCACAAAAGGUUGAAAAAAAAUUAUGCCACACAGAGCCUAUUUUGUGGAUCAAACAUUGUAUGAAAGUUUUUCCACAAUAUGUGAUGGGAGAAAUUUAGGAGGAUAGUAUUUUGACCAUCACACGCCCUGACAGCUCUUUGUUCUUGUAAAAAUAACAACCCACAGCUGUCUUUCAUUGUAUAGCUGGUGUAAGUGGCAUGACUCACCCCUUUAGAUUUAUUUCAUGAUGUCCAUGUUAUCACGCACUCCAUGCCUGGGCAUGUUAUAUCUCUGCAUGUUUUUAUUCAAGUGAAUAUUAUGGUGUUUUGUUUUAGUUUUGAUCCUGUGCUUAUUCUUUGUAAUUGCCUUUAGUGUUUAUCUUUUAUUACCGUCAUUAAUUUACACACAUGCUGGCAAAUGCAUGCUGGAGCUGAGUGUCCAAAUGAAUCUGUAAUAGCUUCCCCCCUCCUUCCUUUCAUGUCUGUGCGAGCUAGCAGCUUACUAGAAUAGGUGCGCUGUUUCCUGUGGGUGUUUGACACCCUGAAAGGUGAGAUGGAUCUGGGUCUGUUGGAGAGCAGAACAACUGUGACUUCUGUUUGUUUUCUGUUUGUAUGCAGUGUUGCUAUGUUAUCAUAGGUCACCACACUGAUGCCUUAUUCUUGUUUUACCUGCAUAAAGUUUUUUUUACUGUAAAUUAACCAAGUGCCAAAUCACAAAGGCAUCCUUUCAUCGCAGCCUUCAGUGUUUGAGCAAAAGCUUUACUAUGGCCACUAUACUAACACUAUAGACAUAUACAAAUGCAACUCAUGGCAUUGAGCCUAAAUGAUGAAACACACACACACACACACACACACACACACACACACACACACACACACACACACACACACACACACACACACACACACACACACACACACACACACUAUUAUUUCAUUACAUGCCCAUAAAUACACUGACAUGGUGUUUGGUGGCUGAAGUUGUUCUGCCUUUUCAUACUGGCCGUGAAGAAAUCCUUCAAAAGAAUUCAGCCAAAACCAAUACAAGGCUUCAGCAGUCUGAGCCAGGCAAAUUCCCUGAUUGUGUUUCCACGAACAGUGUUUCUUUGUUGAACUGUGGCAGAGGAACAGUAACGCAAAGGGGUAAUUUCGUAGUAAAACUUACUUCAGAAGAUACCCAAUUGAUUUGUCUAAUUCAGACAUCUGAAGCCUCGUAUUAGCUUUGGCUGAACUUUGGAAAGUAUUUUUACGCAGAAUGAGAACAAUGGAUUUUGUCCCCCAUCCCUUACACUGGAAUCCCAUCAAAAAGGAAUUUCUUCAGCGCCGGCAUGGACUGGAGGAAUGAUGGUAGUGACUAAUAACUCAAUAUACAUAAGAAAGAGUAACACAGGCUUGAAAAAAUGUGAACCUGUCUUUUAAAAAGCUUAUCAUCUGAGGACAUAGUGGUCUUUUUGGUGUUACAGAUUUAAAAUAGGUUUCCGGGAAGAUAUUUUAUGAGGCCUGGGAGCAAGUCUGUUUGUUUUUGAGGAGUAGGAAUGUACAUUUUACUUUUAAGAGACACUCCCUUUACCACACCUGCAGUGAACAUGCUGACUUCUGCAACAUAGAGAAGUCGGCACCUCUACAGAUACUGUAGUGGUGCUGACGCUACAGAAUCUGUAUUGGUGAAGAAAACGGAGAAACAUGAGUCAUGUCUAAAUACUACACUGCCAAGAAAUUUCAAAUGUAUGCAUAUAAGCUUUUUGUAUUUUAUAACAAAUCAAAUGCAUGCAAGAAAACCGAAUGGCUGAAGUUGAACCUCUGUACAUAUCAUCUGUAUAAAUUCCAGGGAUUUCUUAAAAAACAAAAAACAAGCGUGGUUGAUAUGAAAUAAAGUCAAACUCUUUGCA